UUCAUUACAUGACCAUGAUAUUCCGCAAACGAAGUCAAGUAUUCAGCGAAGUGUUUUUAUCUUCUUCAACAUUUCUUCCUCUGUGUGUUUACUUCGUCAAUAGAGUUUUAAUGUAAAUUGAUGUGUCUCUCCGUUGCUGAUCACAUUAGUCUUCAAGCGUUCGUGAAGAUCAGUCGUGUAUUACACAAUGUUCUCUAAAAUAUUUUUUUCGGUUCUUGCUCUCUCGUUUUUGAUUUCUGCUGAAGAAGAUGUAUCAUCAAAAUUUAAAUCUCUAGAAGUUGUUCCUGAUGUGCUUUCUAGUGCUCCAGAAAACCCAAUCGAGGUAAAAUACCCAAGUGGAGUGGAAGUGAAUUAUGGAAAUGAGUUGACCCCUACUGAUGUAAAAGACAUUCCUUAUGUAACUUGGAAGGCUGAACCUGAAGCAUUCUAUACUCUCAUCCUGACUGAUCCCGAUGCACCCAGCCGAAGUGAACCCGCAUUUAGGGAAUUCAAGCAUUGGGUUGUUGGCAAUAUUCCUGGAAAUAAAGUCACUGAGGGAGUAACGAUUGCAGAGUAUAUCGGCUCUGGACCCCCUAAGGGAACCGGUCUUCAUCGAUAUGUCUUCCUCAUCUAUAAACAACCAUCUGGAAAAGUUGAUUUCUCUGCCGAGAAGAAGACCUCCAACAGAAGCCGAGCUGGACGACCAUCGUUUAAAGCCAGCAAAUUUGCCGAGAAGUACUCCAUGCAGCUCUUGGCUGGCAAUCUCUUUCAGGCGCAGUAUGAUGAUUACGUUCCAACAUUGCACGCACAACUCUCUUCGCAAUAAGCUCUUUUUCAAAUAACUCACACUUUCUGCAAAAAGAACUUUGCCAAUAAAUUGUGAAAAAAAUCGAAUUAUGUUAUACACAUCAUCAAUGUGAUUGAUUAUUUAAUUGUUUUGACGGUUGAAAAUUGCGAAAGCACGAUUUGAUUAAUUCCUCAUCCGUCGUUUUUUUUGCAGCUUAUAUGCAUGGUAGAGGACUAUUAACACUAAAAUAGUUGAUUGCUGUAUUAUAAUAAUAAUAAUAAUGCUGGCACAACAUUCCUUGAAGGAACAGGGCCUUCUCGCAAGGGGAUUUCUA